AUGAUUCAACAAAACUUUUGUUUGUGCUGUUUUUUUAAUUUUCGUAACCUAAUUGGUAAUCAUCUUCAAAUGAGAACUGCUAAAAUCUUUUCUUGUUUCACUUUAGACAGAACAAAGACUAAAUUAGUUAAUAGAAGAGUUGAAGUCAUCUUCAGCGACAAGUUAUGUCGUAUAAAUAUUUAUGAAGAAAUAUUAAAGUAA